UUUUUUUUUUUUUUGUUGGGACGGAAGCAGCCAUGGCUACAGCUUCAAGGUUUCUACGAAAAUUGCCGAGGUUUCUCAAGCUUUCUCCAACCCUUCUCCGUAGCAAUGGCGUAAGAUUUUCAAGCAAUCUGAUUCAAGAUUCCUUAAAGCCGUUGGAUUCCUUCGGGCGAAUAGGAUCUCGAAUCCGCAAUGAUUAUUCAACUACAAGAAGCUUCUCCUCUUCUCAAGGUCCUGCUUCUGUCGAUUACAGUUCGGUUUUGCAGGAGGAUGAGUUUCACAAAUUAGCUAACUUCACUAUAAAUGACCUUCUUGCGAAAAUUGAGGAUUAUGGUGAUGAUGUUCAGAUUGAUGGUUUCGACAUUGACUAUGGGAAUGAAGUUCUUACCCUUAAGCUUGGAUCGUUAGGCACAUAUGUGCUGAAUAAGCAAACUCCAAAUCGACAAAUCUGGAUGUCUUCACCUGUGAGUGGGCCUUCUAGAUUCGAUUGGGACCGUGAUGCUAAUGCGUGGAUUUACCGGCGAACUGAAGCAAAGUUGCAUAAACUCCUGGAAGAGGAGUUAGAGAAUCUCUGUGGUGAACCGAUCCAACUCUCAUAAAGAAGAAGGUUAUACACAAUAUCUGUGAACGAAGGGAUUUCAUCUAGGAACUUGAAACUACUAUAACCUCUAUGUAACAUCCAGAGGAAUAAACAAACAAGGCACAGGACAAAGUUGUUUCAGUGUGAAACCCGAUUAAUGUUUGUGAAUCUACUUUGAACAGUAAUGUCUCAUAGUGACCUGGUUACAACUCUCUUUGUUUAAUCAGAGCUGAAGCUAUCUUGUACGCGUUUUGAAUCAAUACAUUUUUUUAUCAAAGACAA